AUGAGCGCCGCCCGGGCGCACCCCUUGCACCCCCGGCACGGCUCGGCCCUGGAAGUUGGUUCAGUAGGAUUCUCAUUAGUUGUAUAUGUGUUAUGUGGGCUCUUAUCUCUGAUAGGUGCCCUGUGCUAUGCAGAAUUGAGCACUUGCAUACCAAAAUCUGGUGGAGAUUAUACAUAUAUCAAUGAAGCAUAUGGUUCUUUGCCCUCAUUUUUGUAUUUGUGGGCGGCAAAUGUAGUUUUUGUACCCACAACAAACUCAAUUAUGGGACUCACAUUUGCUAAAUAUGUGAUACAACCGUUUUUCCCUGAAUGUGAUAUGCCUGAUUUGGGAGUGAGACUUGUGGCAGCCGCAGUCAUUUGUUUUCUAACAUUUUUGAAUGGUUAUAAUGUGAAGGCCACCAUGAAACUACAAAAUGUUUUCAUGUUUUGUAAAUUGGGUGCUUUAGUUUUAAUUGUUCUCAUGGAAGUGGUGUGGAUGUCUUUGGGACAUGUGAAGAAUUUCUCAAAUGCUUUUGCCCAUACCACAAAUAAUCCUGGAAAAAUUGCCAAAGCAUUUUAUAGUGGGAUUUUUUCUUAUUCUGGAUGGAACUAUUUAAAUUUCAUGACAGAAGAGCUGCAAAACCCUUUUGUAAAUCUUCCAAGGGCCAUUUCCAUAUCUCCAUUGCCAUUAGUAACUGGUAUAUAUGUCUUGGCAAAUAUGGCUUAUAUGUCUGUAUUGACUCCCACAGAUAUUGCUGCCACAGAUGCUAUUGCUGUUGCUCUACAGAGGUUCUUAAAGAAAAAGAAGAAAAACAACAAUAACCCUUUGCUGUAG